CACCCCACUUCCAAUCCAUGGACGCCAUCCACAAGGACCAAGAUGACGACGCGCACAUCCUCCCUCUCCGAGCUGCAGGCACCCUCCGUGGAUGAGGACGACAACCAGGGCAUCCAUGGUCGACAGCUCGAUGGCUCCUCGGAGUACCUUGUUGAACCAACUCUUUGGGACUAAUUUUAGGGAGAACCUACUCGGCGGUCCUGAUGUUGCACUCGGCAGCGGCGCCGGCGGUGGCAUCGUCUUGUUUCAGAUUUACUGAAUAUAUGGUUGCAAAGGUUGAAGAAGAGUAUGUCGAUCCAGAGCCUACGCAAGCUACCACCCCCAGCCAACAGUAAGUUCCUGCAAGACAAACACAACAACAUGUGUGUGGCAUAAGUAAAUAACUGAGUUAAUUUUGUUCCUAUGAUAUGACCUGAAACAUCUUCGCGUUAGAUUUCAUGUACUUACUAAUGCUUUGACCUGAAACUGGAACCACUGUAGCUGUUCUGCUGCCAAUAUAACUUCGUUUGCAUUUAGUUUGUCGUAAUAUUAAUUCAGGUUCUAUAGUCUGCUAGGUUAAGUUGUUUAUUCAGUUAAGUUCCCAUCUAAUUGCCUGAAUUAGUCAUGUAUGGAGAGCAGCUGAAAGUUAGAACAGGGUAUGCAACAAUAGUGUGAUUUAUGUUGCUGGAAGUACUGCCAAUGCUCUUGUCAUUUUUUAGCUUUGCUCUCGGUUUUGUUGGCAAGGGGUCUUUGGUCAUGAAUCCAUAUUAGAAUGUAAAUAGUUCGGCACCAAGGGACAAUCGAAAUUACUAUCAUGAUAUUCUAGGUAGUAAUUACUCAAAAAUAAUUUUUUUUGUUCUUUCAGUUUUCUCCUUUAGUUUGGUAUGAUGAUGAGUUGAUGCCCCCGUCAUGUAAUUAUUCCAAGAUAACAUGAGUGUAAUAUUUCUGGGAGAAAUAUUAUUACGAAUGGAGAAAGCUUUAUUUCAGGCAUCUCAAUUAUCAUCCUAAUAUUACAAUCAGACUAUCUUGGAUGAAAGACAUAGUUCGUGUGCAUCAUGACAUUCCCUGGAAUAUUUCUUUCUACGUAAUCAUUCAUGUGUGUGUAUGUGGGUAUGUUUGUUGGUAGAACAUGGGCCUCCUCAUAGCUCAGCGAUUUCUGGCCGUCGGAUCUCUUGUUUGAUGCGUUUUCAGCCGUCAGAUCAGGCCACUGAAGGACCUCGGCCGUUGGAUCGACCCGGUAACACUGCUACAAUAAAUAGUUACCUCCCGCUGUAAAAGAUCUCGUGCCACCGCCUGUAAUUCUCGUGCCACGCCGAGGGCAUUUUAGUCAUUUCAUUAUAGGGUAUAAAAUCUCACCAGCUCCAUGUAGAACCCUAGCCGCUCGCCCCGCCGCCUCGCUCGCCCUGCCCUGCCGUCUCGCCCGUCCCGCCGCCCCGCCGUCUCGCCCGCCCCACCUCCCCGCCCCGCCCCGCCCGUCCCGCUCGCCGUGGCCAUGGCCGAUGACCGUGGCCCCGCCGUCCCGCCCUGCCGUCUCGCCCGUCCCGCCGCCCCGCCGUCUCGCCCGCCCCACCGCCCCGCCCCGCCCCGCCCGUCUCGGUCGCCAUGGCCGUGGCCGAUGACCACGGCCCCGCCGUCCCGCCCUGCCCGUCGCGGCGGCCAUGGACGGUCCUUGCUGCGGCGCAUCCCCAACCGGUCCUCCUUCUCCUCCUCCCGCACGCGCGCCGCGCCCUCACCUCUCUCUCUCUCUCCCUCCAAACCCUACACCGCGCCCGCCUCCCAGCCCCGCCGCCGUCCAGGUCCAGCCCCAUGCUGCCGUCGUCUUCUUUGCCCAGCGGCCGCCGCCGCACCGCAUGCUCGUGUGCAGGGGCGAGAAGGGGAACCACCGCCCGCCCCGGAGCGCGAGAGGUGAGACAGCGCCCAGAUCCACGGCGGCAUCGACGUGCCGUCGUCGACCUGAGCCGCUAUGGUCUCACCCUGCUGUGCUCCUUCCCCUCCACGGCUCCUAGCUCGGGCAACAACAAGCCAUCUCAAGGGAGUGGAUUCUCAAGUCACCCCACUUCCAAUCCAUGGACGCCAUCCACAAGGACCAAGAUGACGACGCGCACAUCCUCCCUCUCCGAGCUGCAGGCACCCUCCGUGGAUGAGGACGACAACCAGGGCAUCCAUGGUCGACAGCUCGAUGGCUCCUCGGGGAGAACCUACUCGGCGGUCCUGAUGUUGCACUCGGCAGCGGCGCCGGCGGUGGCAUUGUCUUGUUUCAGAUUUACUGAAUAUAUGGUUGCAAAGGUUGAAGAAGAGUAUGUCGAUCCGGAGCCUACGCAAGCUAUAUUACCACCCCCGGCCAACAGCAACAACAAGCCAUCUCAAGGGAGUGGAUUCUCAAGUCACCCCACUUCCAAUCCAUGGACGCCAUCCACAAGGACCAAGAUGACGACGCGCACAUCCUCCCUCUCCGAGCUGCAGGCACCCUCCGUGGAUGAGGACGACAACCAGGGCAUCCAUGGUCGACAGCUCGAUGGCUCCUCGGAUAUGGUUGCAAAGGUUGAAGAAGAGUAUGUCGAUCCAGAGCCUACGCAAGCUACCACCCCCAGCCAACACCGUCAGAUCAGGCCACUGAAGGACCUCGGCCGUUGGAUCGACCCGGUAACACUGCUACAAUAAAUAGUUACCUCCCGCUGUAAAAGAUCUCGUGCCACCGCCUGUAAUUCUCGUGCCACGCCGAGGGCAUUUUAGUCAUUUCAUUAUAGGGUAUAAAAUCUCACCAGCUCCAUGUAGAACCCUAGCCGCUCGCCCCGCCGCCUCGCUCGCCCUGCCCUGCCGUCUCGCCCGUCCCGCCGCCCCGCCGUCUCGCCCGCCCCACCUCCCCGCCCCGCCCCGCCCGUCCCGCUCGCCGUGGCCGAUGAUCGCGGCCCCGCCGUCCCGCCCUGCCGUCUCGCCCGUCCCGCCGCCCCGCCGUCUCGCCCGCCCCACCGCCCCGCCCUGCCCCGCCCGUCCCGCUCGCCAUGGCCAUGGCCGAUGACCGCGGCCCCGCCGUCCCGCCCUGCCCGCCGCGGCGGCCAUGGACGGUCCUUGCUGCGCCGCAUCCCCCGCCGGUCCUCCUUCUCCUCCUCCCGCACGCGCGCCGCGCCCUCACCUCUCUCUCUCUCCCUUCCAUCCCUGCACCGCGCCCGCCUCCCAGCCCCGCCGCCGUCCAGGUCCAGCCCCACGCCACUGUCGUCUUCUUUGCCCAGCGGCCGCCGCCGCACCGCAUGCUCGUGUGUAGGGGCGAGAAGGGGAACCACCGCCCGCCCCCGGAGCGUGAGAGGUGAGACAGCGCCCAGAUCCACGGCGACAUCGACGCGCCGUCGUCGACCUGAGCCGCUAUGGUCUCACCCUGCUGUACUCCUUCCCCUCCACGGCUCCUAGCUCGGGCAACAACAAGCCAUCUCAAGGGAGUGGAUUCUCAAGUCACCCCACUUCCAAUCCAUGGACGCCAUCCACAAGGACCAAGAUGACGACGCGCACAUCCUCCCUCUCCGAGCUGCAAGCACCCUCCAUGGAUGAGGACGACAACCAGGGCAUCCAUGGUCGACAGCUCGAUGGCUCCUCGGGUAAGAAACACCCCCACAUGGCCGCUUCAGUUUUCAACGCUUUCUUUUCUGUUUGUGUGGGCUGAAAAUGUGUGAGCUUUAUAUGGCACAAGGGUGUGCAUUCACUGAUGAAUCAUUAUAUCUUUGAUAUUACGAAUGUGUGAAGUCUGAACCCUCCUAUGUACGACGAUGUGUAUAUUCUGUAAAAUGUGUAUUUUCAUCAUUUGUCUGACAGUCUAAUACUGAGCUUAAACAUGUACUCUUGGAUGAUAUGCGUGAGUUGUGGACUUCCUGCCCUUUAUCACAAAUCUACAGGAGAACCUACUCGGCGGUCCUGAUGUUGCACUCGGCAGCGGCGCCGGAGGUGGCAUCGUCUUGUUUCAGAUUUACUGAAUUGGCCAUGAAGGGUGGCUGAGCCAUCAGGAGCGGCAGCGGUGGCCUGCGGCGGACGCUGCUGUGGCUCCCUGUUCUUCAUCGCCUGCGUCUACCUGCUCUGUGCCGACCCCAUAUGUGCAGGAAGAAAAGGGCCAUAAGAUUGUACAGGCAGAACAGGAUGUUGUUCUGUUCAACCACAUUGCCCCUGGUAAACACGAUGUAGAUAUGGUUGCAAAGGUUGAAGAAGAGUAUGUCGAUCCGGAGCCUACGCAACCUAUAUUACCACCCCCGGCCAACAAGAUCCCGGGCCCUGCUGGGAGAUCAAAGGCUGGAAGUGCAUGCAAGAGGGCAUGUUAAUCAGGCAGAUUAUCAUUCAAAGUGUGGAUCUAUGAUGCUUGUGGCGCAGGUAUAUAUACUAGAAGUUGUUAUGGCUCACUUCCAUUUAUAUCAUGUUGACACGGCGAAUCAGCUGGUUAGAAUUCUGUAUAUUUUUCUUCACCUUGUGAGAGGCACGUCUUUCAACCAAGAAUGUCACCAGUGACUAUCCGGAGGACAUGGCAGAGUUGCUGUAUCACUUACUGAUGCUCUUAUGGUAAACUGUACAAUAUUAAGGUGUUGGGCCCAGAAACAGGACGAGUAAUCCUCUUUCAAGAGCACACAGUAAAUACAACAUAGCACAGAGCAGUAGCCUUUGGAGCAGGUUACAGUUUCUACUUGGUGUUGGAAGGAUUUGGAGCAGGCUACAUCUAUGAUGACACAGAUUGGUUAUGCAGGAUCUCUUGGCUAAAUCCUUCUGCUUUACCAUUAGGACAACAAAUAGUGGUUACUUCUCAUCUGAGCUUGAGCUGUGGUGAAUGCGACCGAUGUUUCGACCGCAUAUGAAGAUGUAGUUCUUUUGGUUUAUCAACUAAUAUUAUCGUAUAUAGACGUGAUGCCUGUACAGAGGCGAUUUGAAUCAGUAUGGUAGCAGACUACCUUGUUCUUAUCAUAAAUUACGUGUGAUCACCACUAUGAGACAGUCCUUCAGAUGGAUUUACCACUUCAUGGUUAUUGUAAAUUAUGAACGAAUUAUGUAGUUUUAGUAUCGGUUCUUUAAUCUA